AUGGCACCUUUCUCGACGCGGGACGAACUCAAGUCGCUCGCAGGUCUUGCCGCGCCGAUUCUGUGCUCCAACUUGGCGCUCUUUGGUAUGUCGCUCACCGUGCUCAUAUCGGCCGGGCAUCUCGGGUCGGCGCAGCUCACCGCCGUCGCGUACUCGCAAAUGCUCUUUGACAUCACGAUCCUCGUCUUUACGUACGGCUUUGUCGCGGGCCAAGCCGCGCUCUCGGCCCAAGCCUACGGUGCUGGCAAUCUUCCGCUUGUGGGUCGUUACUGCCAAAUGACCUGCGUCAUCGUCUCACUCGCGUGCGUUCCCAUUGGCGCGCUGUGGUGGUUCACGGGCGACUUGCUUUUCGCGGGCGGCGUCUCAGCGACGACCGCAGCGCAUGCGACCGCGUACGCCCACUACGCGAUGCCAGGGCUCCUCCCGCGCCUCCUCUUCCACGUGCUAAGCAUCUACUUCAAGUCGAUGCAAAACGUAAUUCCGGCCGCGGUCCUUGCCGUCACAUUUGCCAUACUCAACGUUGGUCUCGUGCCGCUGCUGGUGUUUGGCGCCCCGUCGAUCGGAUUUCAAGGCUACGGCCUCGUCGGCGCCCCGAUCGCGUACGUGAUUUGCCAGUACGCGCGCACGUCAGCCUACGUCAUCUACAUGUUUGGCUACAAGAAGCACCACGCGACCUCGUGGCAGUGGUCGACCAAGUUCCUUGACGCCAAGCUCUAUUUGAUGCCGAUGGUGCGCGUCGGCGGCCCGCUCGCCCUUGGGAUGCUCGUCGAAGACAUGCAGCUGCAGACGAUGGCCAUCUUUGCGGGCAUGACGAGCGAGGUAGCACUCGGCGCCAACAACUCGAUGCUGGAGCUCAUCAUGUUCCUCACGAGUCCGCUCCUCGGCCUCCUCGACGCCGCAACCACGCGCAUCGGCAUGCAUCUGGGCGCGGGCGACGCGCACGCGGCGAAAGCGACGAGUCACCUCGUUCUUUAUAGCAUUCUCAGUGUCUGCGCCGUCAUUGUGGUACCCUGGCUUUGCGCCCGGUCCGCGAUCGGCCACCUCUUCUCGUCGGACGCGAGCGUCGUCGAGAGCAUGACCAACAUCACCACCUUGGCCGCCGCGGGCUACAUUCUCAUGUCGUUUUUCUACUACGCCAUGGCGACGCUCGAAGCCCAGGCCCGGACGGUGCCCAUCAUGACGUCGUUCCUUGUCGGCGCUUGGGUCAUUGGCGUGCCGUUGGCGUACGUCCUCGACUUCAACGCGGGCUACGGUCUCCUCGGCAUCUGGAUCGGCAUGUCAGCCGGCUAUGCGACGACGACUUUCUUCGGCGUCUACUUUACGUACAAGUCGGAUUGGCCCGAAGAAGCCAAAAAGGCAGUCGCUCGGAGCACUGAGAAGGACGAUAGCGCGACCUCGAUCGAGAGCGGUCGUGCACCGGAAACGGGCUACGAAGCUGUGCUCGAAACCCCAUCGAAAGAGGCCGCAACGCGCGACCACAUUGCAUAAAGCGCUGAGCUCAAUGACGACAGCACGCAAGUCGACUGGACGAGAGGAUAUGUACAUUCGUAAUGCAAUACCGUCUCGAUCGUACA